GCCAAACAAACACCAGCGAAUGUGGAAGACGUUUUUGGCAUUGAAGCUUGCUCAACUCGUGGUGCUAUACAAUGUUCCUGCCCAAUUCGAUGUUUCUUCAGACAUCUUGAUUGAGUCCUAUAGUUCUGAUCGGUUGGGGCUCCCGAUUAUUGAUAGACUUCUCGAUGGAUUCUUGAUCUGGGACAAUGUCUAUUUCACCGAUUUGUUCAAAAAUGACAUCAAAUACGAACACCAGUUUGUGUUUAGUCCCGGGUGGGUGGCCCUUAUUCGGUAUAUUGCCUCAUUGUUGCCAACCCAAAAUUUCUAUGUGCUACUAGCCAUUGCAACUGUGGUUUCUAAUGUUUGUCAGUUGAUGGCCUGUCAAGUGCUAUACGUGUUUUCUCGCAAAAUGUUCGAGAAAAUGCCAUUUUUCGGCCUCAAAUCAAAGGAUUUGGCCCAUAAGGCGGCUUUAUACUAUAUUCUUUCGCCCGGUGGGAUCUUCUUAACUGCUUCAUAUUCGGAGAAUUUGGGGUCGCUCUUGUCGAUUCUCGCGUUAUAUUUAAGAGAAGUAUCCAUCAGUUACAGUGCUAACUACCACCUCAAAGUUCGGCUCUGGGCUGUCUACAUUUUCAGUGGCAUAGUUCUUGCUGCCGCUUUCCAAGUAAGGGCAAACUGUCUUCUUUUGGGAAUUUUCUAUCUUUAUGAUCUUGAACGUUUCUGGCGAGCAUCAGAAGUCUCCAGCACAAUCAUAAGUUUCGUUUCUGGAAUUCCAUUGUUCGUUUCGUUCGUGUAUACCAACUACGUGGGUUAUAAAACUUUCUGUCCCGGACGAGGAGAAUGGUGCAACCAUGUAUUUCCAUCAUUAUUCCAGUACUGCCAGGUGCACUAUUGGAACAACGGGUUUCUCAACUACUGGACCCCAAAUAAUAUUCCAAACUUCAUAAUUUCACUGCCAAUUGUGGCUACUAACGUUUAUCUAAUCUGGUACUUUUACACCAAGUACCCUUCCCACUUGUUGAUACCGUACUUACUUUUAAACGCUAUUCUUGUGGUGCUCGGAGUAUUGUUUUGGAAUAUCCAAAUUCUCAACCGAAUUCUCAAUUUUAACCCAGUUUUCUACUGGUUUCUUGCAGUCAUUGACAACAAGAUGAUCCGUCGGGGGCUUUUGUUUUGGAUUCUCAUCCAAGCUGGACUUUUUGGUGCUUUCCUUCCUCCAGCCUAACGGUCGCACUAAGCUCAUAAAACAGAUCGUCUAGAAAACACCGAAAUGGACACUGACUUCUGUACCACGAACGGUACCACAUCCAAGUCAAAAAACAGCUGACUAAAGACACCGGGUACUCAUACUAAGGUACACCUAUUCUAGUUAAAAUGUGAGCACCCCCCUGUGCCAGUUUGGGAUAUCAUUACCCGAAUUGGUAAUGGGUUGCGACCAGGAUAACCCGAUCUCAAAUGCCCAAAUAUAUAAAAUACACCACAGUACA